AUGGCCCGUGUCCUUCUCCUCAGGCUUCUCCUGCUUACAGCGCUGGCAGCCCCCUCCCAAGGCAACCGCCUCGGAUCCACACCUCGCCUGCGUUAUUCCAGGUUCCUAGAUCCUUCCAAUGUCAUUUUCCUGCGCUGGGACUUUGACCUGGAGGCUGAGGUCAUCACUUUUGAGCUCCAGGUCCGGACGGCUGGCUGGGUGGGCCUGGGUGUCACGCAUCGCUACACCAACGUGGGAGGUGACCUUGUUGUGGGAGCAGUCUUGCCCAAUGGCAAUGUCUAUUUCUCGGACCAGCACCUAGUGGAUGAAGACACCCUGGAGGAGGACGGGCGUCAGGACGCCGAGCUGCUGGGGCUAACGGAAGACGCUGUCUAUACCACCAUGCGCUUCUCCAGGCCCUUCCGCUCCUGCGACCCUCACGACCUAGACAUCACGGGUGACACCGUGAGGGUGCUGGCGGCCUACGGCCUGGAUGACACACUCAAGAUGGACCAGGGGCGUGCUUUCGUCAAGUCCAUCUUCCUGCUACAAGUGGUCCACCCAGAUGACCUGGAUGCCCCUGAGGACGCCAUCAUCCAUGACUUGGAAAUCACUGAUUUCCUCAUCCCAGAGGAUGACACCACGUAUGCCUGUACCUUCCUCCCCCUCCCCAUCGUCAGCAAGAAACAUCACAUCUACAAGUUUGAGCCCAAGCUGAUGGACCACAACGAGACGAUAGUGCACCACAUCCUCGUGUACGCCUGUGGCAAUGCCAGCGUCCUCCCCACGGGCAUCAGCGACUGCUACGGGGCUGACCCCGCCUUCUCCCUCUGCUCGCAGGUCAUCGUGGGCUGGGCUGUCGGGGGCACCAGUUACCAGUUCCCAGACGACGUGGGCGUCUCCAUUGGGACGCCCUUGGACCCCCAGUGGAUCCGGCUGGAGAUUCAUUACAGCAAUUUCCACAACCGUCCCGGCCUGUACGACACCUCGGGGAUCCGCAUGUACUACACGGCGCGGCUGCGCGCGCACGACAUGGGCGUCCUGCAGCUGGGCGUCUUCACCUUCCCCAUCCACUUCAUCCCGCCGCGCGCCGAGUCCUUCCUGUCCUACGGGCUGUGCAAGACCGAGAAGUUUGAAGAGAUGAACGGGGCCCCUGUGCCCGACAUACAGGUGUAUGGCUACCUGCUCCACACCCACCUGACUGGGCGGGCGCUGCAGGCCGUGCAGUACAGAAAUGGAACGCAACUCCGAACGAUCUGUAAAGAUGCUUCCUACGACUUCAACCUGCAGGAGACUCGAGAUUUACCUGGUCGAGUGGAGAUCAAGCCGGGAGAUGAGUUGCUGGUCGAGUGUCACUACCAGACGCUGGACCGCGACUCCCUGACUUUUGGGGGUCCCAGCACCAUUAAUGAGAUGUGCCUCAUCUUCCUCUUCUACUACCCCCGAAACAACAUCUCCAGCUGCAUGGGGUACCCUGACAUCAUCUACGUGGCCCAUGAGCUGGGGGAGGAGGUUUCAGAUUCCAUGGAGGGCAUGAUGGCCAUAAACAACGUCGAGUGGACCCCGGAGAGCAUUAAGAAGGCCGAGAAGGCCUGCAAGGAGGCUGAGCAGAUGGUGAUAAUAAAGACCAUUGAUGAGGUGGUGGAAAACACGACAGGCUUGAUUCCGGAAAUCACGCCUACUCCCCGGGGGCCCUGCGUGGAGUCCUCCGGAGGCAAAGUGGAGCCCCAGGACGAGAGCCCUGCAGGCUUCAAGGCUUCGCCGAUGGCCCUCUCGGACGCGGGCACUGCCACCCUGAGGUGCCUCCCCCUGGCUGCCCUCUUGUUUGGGCAGGGGGCCCUCUCUUGGCUCCUUGCCACCCUGCAGACUAGAGCCUGA